UAGAAGAGCUGAACAAAAAUUACAAGCCGCGAAAUGCUACGAAUGCUGCAAAAAAGGACCAGUAUGGUAAAGCUCUUGGUUCCCAGACCCCGGCUAAACACGACUAUUGCGCAAACCACAACAAAGGAAAUACCAACGAUUAAACAGGUUAGCAUUUCCAAAAGCGAGAAAACUGUGGGAAGAUGGUUUCUAGGAGUCAGCGGAAUGGUUUUUGUUGCGGUUGGCCUUGGUGGUGUAACGAGAUUAACAGAGUCUGGCCUUUCUAUGGUUACAUGGAAGCUGACUGGAGAACGCAUGCCAAGAUCUCAAGAGGAAUGGGCUCAAGAAUUCAGCAAGUAUCAACAAUAUCCGGAAUAUAAACUGAAAAAUGCAAGCAUGACUGUUGAAGAGUUCAAAUUUAUAUACCUCAUGGAGUACAUACACAGAAUGUGGGGUCGCGCCAUUGGUGGAUUUUUCCUUGUCCCAGCAGCAUAUUUCUGGAAAAAAGGUUAUUUCUGUCCAAAAACCAAGAACAGUGUUCUGCUGCUGGGGACUCUGAUUGGUCUCCAAGGGUUAAUGGGAUGGUACAUGGUUAAAUCUGGAUUGGAGAACAGAUUCGAAGACCAGAAUGAUGUGCCGCGCGUCUCUCAAUACAGAUUGGCCUCCCACCUAGCGGCAGCAUUUGUUUUGUAUGCCCUUUCACUAUCACAAGCAAUGUCGAAGCUAUUCCCCUCGGAGCCAUUCGUGGUGAAAGCAAAGAAAGCAUUUAAUAUCAAAGGACUGUCACACAUGACAAAGGGAAUGGUGUUUCUAACUGCCAUCUCCGGCGCUUUUGUGGCCGGACUUGACGCCGGAUUAGUUUACAACUCAUUCCCAAAAAUGGGGGACAGCUGGAUCCCUGAUGACAUGUGGCAGUUUAAGCCCAUCCAAAGGAAUAUAACGGAAAAUCCAACAACGGUUCAGUUUAACCACCGCAUCCUGGGCAUCACCACAGUUUCCCUAGCUACAGCCUUAUGGCUAGUCACGAGGCGCAUGCAGUUACCCAAGCGAGCAAAUUGGGCAAUCAACGCUGUGUUCGCCAUGGCGUGGACACAAGCUACCCUGGGCGUUACGACACUAUUGAACUACGUGCCAGUACCUUUAGCGACGGCUCAUCAGUCUGGCUCGCUGGUCCUUCUUAGCUUUGCGCUUUGGUUAUCACACGAGAUCCGGUUCCUCAAGUAUUUGCCCAAGUAAAUCUCUAAUGAACUGGAUAAGUGUAGCAUUUGAUAAAUGUGUAAUAAAGUUUUCCUAAAUGGUGGGCUGUAGCUACAAUAACUGAGAUUUUAAACGUUUGCAGAUAGGAAGCAUCUCCGUCCCUGUAAACUAUCCAUUUAGAUGAUAAAGAUGUCAAGCCGA